AAAAUUCAGAAGUUAGCCAGUGUCUUCUCUCGGCACACCUACUGUACACAGGGAACCCCACUGCACUGCUACUGCCAGCUCUUGGAAGAAUACCUGGAAGGAAUCUCAGCCGGAAAGAGCCCUGCUGAAGAGCAUAUUUUCCUCUGGAACAAGAAGGUUGGAGAUGAUGGUGGAGGAGACAAACGUUCUUAUCUUCUUUUGGCUGUAGAACAUGGGAAACAUGGCCCUUCAGUCAUGGAUUCUGACUUGCUUUUGCCUGCUCUCCUCUGGAACUGGUGAGUUCUUCUUCAGAGCAAAUUAUUCCAGAAGCUAUCCCUGUGAUGAGAAAAGGAAAAAUGCCCUUGUGAUUGCCGAAUGCAAUGAUCGCCGACUACAAGAAGUUCCCCAAACGGUAGGCAAAUAUGUGACAGAAAUAAACUUGUCUGACAACUCCAUCAUGCAUGUGACAAACGAGUCCUUUCGAGAGCUGCGAAACCUCACUAAAAUAAAUCUGAACCACAAUGCCAAUCAAGCACACCCAAGUGAAAAUGGUAUGAAUAUUACAGAUGGAGCAUUCCUCAACCUAAAAAAUCUGAAGGUGUUGCUGCUUGAAGAUAACCAGUUAUCUGCUAUGCCUACUGGCUUGCCCGAGUCUUUGAGAGAACUUAGCCUAAUUCAAAACAAUAUAAUUACGAUAACUAAAAACAACACUUUGGGGCUUCGGAACAUGGAGGGACUCUAUUUGGGCUGGAACUGCUAUUUUUAUUGUAAUCAAAACUUUAGCGUGGAAGAUGGGGCAUUUCAAAACCUUAUACACUUGAAGGUGCUCUCAUUAUCGUUCAAUAGGCUUUUCCGUGUGCCUCCCAAACUACCAAGCUCCCUAACAAAACUUUUUCUGAGCAAUGCCAAGAUUAUGACUAUCACACAGGAAGACUUCAAGGGACUGGAACAUUUAACAUUACUAGAUCUGAGUGGAAACUGUCCGAGGUGUUACAAUGCCCCAUUUCAAUGCACGCCUUGUGAGAAAAACUUAUCCCUCACCAUACAUCACCUCGCUUUUCAAGGUCUCACCAAACUUCAAUAUCUAAACCUCUCCAGCACUUCCCUCCGGUCCAUUACCCCCACCUGGUUUGACGAUCUGACAAAUCUGAAGGAACUCCAUCUUGAAUUCAACUAUUUACUACAUGAAAUUGCUUCAGGGGAAUUUUUAACAAAACUACCCAAUUUACAAAUCCUUGAUCUAUCUUUCAACUUUCAACAAAGCAAAUAUUUACCCUCUAUUAAUAUUUCCUCGAACUUCUCUAAGCUUCAUUCUCUCAAGAAAUUGCACUUAAAGGGCUAUGUAUUUUACAAACUUGAACAGAAAAAUUUUGCACCCCUUCAGAGUCUUCGAAACUUAACAACUAUCGACUUGGGCAUUAACUUUAUUACGAAAAUUGAUUUUAAAAUUUUCCAAGAUUUUCCCAAUCUGACAGUUAUUUCCUUGUCUGAAAACCGUAUAACACCCACAGUAGAUCACACAAGCAACUCCUCUUUGCCGUAUCAUCUCCUUAAAUCUGGCUCCACGGUCACCAAGUUCGAUCCCCACGCGAAUUUUUAUCACAGCACCGGACCUUUGAUAAAGCCAGAGUGUGCUACUUAUGGCAAAGCUUUGGAUUUAAGUUUAAACAAUAUUUUCCUUAUUGAGAAAAAUCAGUUUGAACCUUUUCAGGACAUUGCCUGCUUAAAUCUGUCCUUCAAUGCUAACAAUCAAGUGUUGAGUGGCACAGAAUUCUCAGCCAUGCCCCAGCUCCAAUAUUUGGAUUUAUCUCACAACAGACUAGACUUUGAUGACAACAAUGCUUUCAAUGAACUUCGCAACCUGGAAGUGCUCGACCUGAGUCACAAUGAACACUAUUUCAGUAUAGCAGGGGUAACACACCGCCUAGGAUUUAUCCAGAACUUAAUGAACCUCAGUGUGUUAAACCUGAGCUACAAUGGCAUUUACACACUCACAGAGGACAAAGAGCUGAAAAGCAUGUCUCUGAAAGAAUUGGUUUUCAGCGGAAACCGCCUUGACCUAUUGUGGAGUACAGAUGAUGUCGGCUACUGGACCAUUUUCAGAAGUCUCUGGAAUCUGAGACGCCUAGACUUAUCUUACAAUAACCUUCAACAAAUCCCCACUGAAGCAUUCCUCAGCUUGCCCCAGAGCCUCGAGGAGCUGCGUAUCAAUGGGAACAGGUUGCGUUUUUUUAAUUGGACAUCACUCCAGCAUUUUCCUCGGCUCCAUUUACUGGACUUACGGAGAAACAAGCUGUAUUUUCUAACCAAUUGCCUAUCUAAGUUUACAUAUUCCCUGAAGACAUUGCUGCUGGGCCAUAAUAAAUUCUCUCACCUGCCUCCUGGCUUCCUCUCUGAAGCCAGUAGUCUGGUCCACCUGGAUCUAAGUUUCAACAUGAUAAGGAUGAUCAAUAAAUCCUCCCUGCAAACCAAGGCUAACACAGGUUUGUCUGUUCUGGAACUAAGUGGGAACCAUUUUGACUGCACAUGCGACACAAGUGAUUUUCGAAGCUGGAUAGAUGAAAACAUGAACAUCACAAUUCCUAGAUUAGUAGAUGUUAUUUGUACCAGUCCUGGGGAUCAAAAGGGGAAGAGCAUCAUGAGUCUAGAGCUCAUGACUUGUCUUUCAGAUACCACUGCAGUGAUCCUGUUUUCCCUCACAUUCCUCAUCACCUCCAUGGUUAUGUUGGCCACCCUGGGUCACCAUCUGUUUUACUGGGAUAUUUGGUUUCUCUAUCACAUGUGUUCAGCUAAGUUAAGAGGCUACAGGUCUUUGGCCACAACCCGAACUUUCUACGAUGCUUACAUUUCUUAUGACACCAAAGAUGUGUCUGUUACCGACUGGGUCAUCAAUGAUCUGCGCUACCACCUUGAAGAGAGCGAAGGCAAAAAUGUCCUCCUCUGCUUAGAGGAAAGGGAUUGGGAUCCAGGAUUAGCCAUCAUCGAUAACCUCGUGCAGAGCAUAAACCAGAGCAAGAAAACAAUCUUUGUUUUAACCAAAAAAUAUGCCAAGAGCUGGAACUUUAAGACAGCUUUUUACUUGGCCUUGCAGAGGCUAAUGGAUGAGGACAUGGAUGUAAUUAUCUUUAUCCUCCUGGAACCCGUGUUACAGCAUUCCCAGUACCUGAGGCUGCGGCGGAGAAUCUGUAAGAGUUCCAUCCUCCAAUGGCCUGACAACCCCAAAGCAGAAAACUUGUUUUGGCAAAGUCUGAAAAACGUGGUCUUGACUGAAAACGAUUCACGGUAUGACAAUUUCUACACUGAAUCCAUUAAGCAAUAUUGAUACUGGGAAGUCAUGACUCACCGCCAUCCUAAAAACACACAGCUUCUCUUUGCAAAGGACUGCGGUGAGUGCAGAAACUCAGGGCUGCUCAAGGUGCUGCUCGUCCCUAAACAGGAUGCUUGCAUCAGCCCCUCUAAGGCUCAGGUAACUUUGUGGAAGAGGCCUUCAAAAGAAUGUAUGAGCUGGAAGACGUGGAGAAGGACUGAGGAUACUCUCUUCUGGGCAUGACACAGCCACUGCAAUCAUGAUCUCAUAGCAACUAUGGUUGCCUGCAGGGGUCUGCACAGAAGUACUGAAUGUGAGAAAAACCCUUGUAGGGAGGAGGGUGGGUUGGCCACAGUGGGAGGGUGAGAGGAAAAGGUGCACAUGAGAGUAACUAUAAUGCAUGGGUCUCCUUCAGAGACUUCCCCGUGGGAUCCACCCCCAAGUUCACACCCACGCAAGUGUCCUCAAGAUUCAGUUUCUCCCGUGUGUUAGGCAAAGACUGCUCUCAGCUGCCUGCUCUGUGGACUUCUCUCCCAAGGCAGCUGGCUUCAUCAAAGUCCACAAGAGGGGACACAGAGGUCUCCAGGAGUCAGUCUUUUGGAAGUCAAUCAGGUCAUUGAUAGCCUACCACUGCAGCUGUAUUCUAUUUGAUCGAAGUCAACCACAGAUACUACCAGCUGCAGGCACCACGUACCUCGGGUCUGGGGAAAGCUACUGAAGACCAGGAUAACAGAGCUAGGAAUACCUCAGCUAAGAGAAAAUAGUCUGACCAAAGAUGAGCGAUUGUCUGAGUCAGUCAUUAACCUUGAACUUGAACUUGAAAUUCAGGGACAGACUGCCAUCCUUGUCACAGAUCAUCAGUGUCAGCGGGUUUGAUCACACGGGCAAUCAGCAGGCAGCCGAUUUUACCUACUUUUCAAUUCCUAAGAACAUUUGACAUUGAGAUGCUGGUGAAAUUGAUGCCAUAGACAUGGCUAUAGAGUUAUGUUACAUUAUGAUUGCAUUAAUCUUUCUUUUACAAUGACUUUUUAAAAUAAUUUUGAGAUUAUAAUAUAAUUACAACAUUUCCUCCUCCUUUCUCCUCUCACACAUUGCCUCCAACUUUUACAAAUGUGGUCUAUGAUAUUUACUUUUAAGGUUUUAAUGAAAUUUAAAACCUGAAAUUGAUAGUUUUUAAAUUCCUUUUAUUUAUUUUUUUUAACAAUUUUAAAGGUAUCCAUUUAAAUGAAAAGCUUUUGGAGUGUUUGUUAAUUCCAAUUUGGUGUGCAUCUUAAAAGGAAUGAUUAAUAUUUCUUCAUUUUACAUGACAAAUGUGUGCUAAAUCCAUAGUAGGAAAUUGUAAUUGUAUUGUAAUAUAAAAGUUAUCAUCUGCAUUGAUUAUUUUUGAGAUUUGGUUUUUGAAAAAUCUCCUGGAAAAUCAAAAGGCAUGCAACUUUCAUAUGAAGAUUAUUAUAGAGGAAUUAAUUCUUAUUUCAGUAUCAGAGGAAAAAAAUCCAAAUAUCUAUUGGUAUCUUUUAUUAAUUCUCCCGAACAGAACAAGUUUGACACUUCUCACUGCAUCUAAAAUUGUCUUGCUUCUUUUGGCCAGUUUAUCGCAUCCUCUGUCCUUUAUCAACAUGAAACAUGUCAUGAAAUUUAUAUGAGAACAACUGGAGAUUAUGCAAAUAUAAGAACAUAGGGCCUGAGAAGAUAGCUCCCUUGGUAAACUGCUUUCUUCAUGAGGAGUCCUCACAACACUAGAA